AUGGCAUCGUUUGGACGAAAAGCUUCCGCUGGAAUUACACCUCCCGACAGACAUCACCCUCACACUCUCUCGACGCUCGAUUUUCAAGGCGCCAGCUCUGCAGCUGCGGCCAAGGCCAUGAAGACCGAGUUGAGCCGUUUGGCGGCACAGAUCAAGUCAGAGGACGAGCGCAAGUUCUUCCAACAAGAGAUGGAUGGCUUCUACAUGCUGUUCACCCGAUUUAUGGACGAAAAGGCCAAGGGAGCUAAACUGGAUUGGGACAAGAUCCAGUCUCCUUCGCCCGAGCAGAUUGUGCAUUACAGCACGUUGAACGAGUCUACCUCGGCUCAGGAGUUGAACAAGUUGGCUGUGCUCAAGCUCAACGGCGGUUUGGGUACCACCAUGGGCUGUGUCGGUCCUAAAUCUGCGAUUGAAGUUCGUGACGGCAUGACUUUUUUGGACUUGAGCGUGCGUCAAAUUGAGUACCUCAACAGGAAACAUGACGUCAAUGUCCCAUUUAUCUUGAUGAACUCAUUCAACACGGACGAAGAAACCCGCCGUAUCGUACAAAAGUAUGCCACCCACAACAUCAACAUCACGACGUUCAACCAGAGCCGCCAUCCACGUAUCAACAAGGAGUCCCUGUUGCCAGUGCCCCGUUCGCCCGACUCGCCCAUCGAGCAGUGGUACCCCCCAGGCCACGGUGAUCUCUACGAGUCGUUGUACAACUCGGGUUUGCUGGAUCAAUUGUUGGGCGAAGGCAAGGAGUACCUCUUUAUUUCCAAUGUGGACAACCUGGGUGCCACCGUGGACCUGAAGAUUCUGCAUCACAUGGUCGAGAGCGACGCCGAGUUUAUGUUGGAACUGACGGAUAAGACGAAGGCUGAUAUCAAGGGUGGUACUUUGGUUGACUACAAUGGCCAAAUCCGGCUGUUGGAAAUUGCGCAGGUCCCCAGCGAGCAUAUUGAGGACUUCAAGUCGAUCAAGAAAUUCAAGAUCUUCAACACCAACAACUUGUGGAUCAACCUCCGAGCCAUCAAGCGUGUCCUGGAGGAAGAAUCGAUGGAUCUGGAGAUCAUUGUCAACAACAAGACGACGGAUACUGGCGAAAAGGUCAUCCAACUGGAGACGGCUGUGGGUGCUGGUAUCAAGCACUUCCGCAACGCCCAUGGUGUCAAUGUACCGCGUACUCGCUUCUUGCCCGUCAAGUCAACCUCGGAUCUGUUCUUGGUGACGUCCAACCUGUAUUCCCUUGUGCACGGCCAGCUUGCGGUGAAUCCCCAGCGCAUGUUCAACACGGUUCCUCUUGUCAAGCUUGGUGACCAUUUCAAGAAGGUUCAGCACUUUUUGUCUCGGUUCAAGACCAUCCCUCAUAUCCUCGAGUUGGAUCACUUGACCGUCACUGGCGAUGUCACAUUUGGUGCUGAUGUCGAGCUGCGUGGCACGGUCAUCAUUGUAGCCAACCAUGGUGAGCGCAUUGAUAUCCCUUCGGGUGCCAUUCUCGAGAACAAGGUUGUCACUGGCAAUCUCCGUAUCCUGGACCACUAA